AUGUCUUCCGCUCAAGAUGCCAACGAUGCUCUCGACCUUGUCUCUGACAAGAUUGCCCGGCUGAUCACCCAGUCGGAAAAGUUGAAGCAAGGUGAUGCAGCUGCCAAGUCAUUGGCACAUGAGAUUGCCAUAACUUUGGUUGGUGCAUUCGCCCAAUAUGGGAAUGCUGUGACUUCCUUUGCUCCAAGGCUUUUGUCUUGCGCAGUCGAGAUCCAGGACAACAGUAGUCUGAACGGUAAGCUGAGGGGUCUGCCCGACUGGACGCAGAUCUCGGAUGACGACCCUCACAUCCGGGUUCACCCCCUUUUUCACAAGACCGUCGGCUACACCCGCCCGGCUGGUCCAUCGACACAGGAGGCUCGCCUGGCUUCACCCGUCCCACCGGCUACCACAUCAACCCGAGAGGCGUCGAUGACCCUCUCCCCCAUCACUUCUCCCACACCCACACCAUCACCACCACCCGCCCCCGCCCCCAAACACAAUCUCUUUGUGCCGGGUACAAAGCGCAAGGCCUCGACUCCCGAUCCUGAACCUUCGGCACCGGAAGGAGAUGUCAUCAUGGUGGUACGUGCACCAUUGCCGAAGAAGCUCAAGAUGGAGCCGGCAGUCUGGAAGACCGCGACACCGCCGCCCUCGGUCAGCAAUGAAGAUUCUGCUGAGGACACACACCCCAUGCGCCUCUUCCUGACCCAAUGCGAGCGGUGUAUCAAGGACGACGUCCCUUGCACCGUGAUGCUGGGCAAGAAGAACGGUGAGGUCCGGAAGUGCUGUCGCAACUGCGAUGGCAAGAAGACCAAGUGCGUCCGUCUGUUCGCAGAGCAGCAGCGCCUUCUGUGGGCUGCCGUCGCCCUCAAAGGGGUUAAGGCUCCUGCUGCCGCAGAGAAGAAGGCCCAGAAUGGCACCCCAAAGAAUAACGCCCCACCUACCCAGGCACUCACUGCCGAAGAUGAUGCUGAUGCGGAGGGUGAUGAUGAUCCAGAACACGUCCCAGCCAUCAUGCUCCCGGCCCAGCCCGGUCCGGUACCAACCCCCACUGUCGACAAUGACGUCAAUGUCGACUUCGCUCCUCCCGACGAUCCUCCGACCCGCCCAAAUGUCCCCAAAGCCCGGCAGGACAUUGGCCCCAACCCAUCUGUCGCACAGCCAACGGCUCUUGAUACAGUGGCUCAAAAAACUGUCCACAUGUUUUCACAUUUUUCACUAUCUAUGAUAUUGUGGCUUCCAAUUGAGCCCUAUGGCGUGGGAAUUGGUCGAGAUAUGGUGGAGAUAUGA